CAGCUGUGUGCAAGGACACGCUCCUUGAAUGUUAAAACUACUUUGCUGCUGUUUCAAGCAUCUUGCGUGACAGGAACAGGGUCAACAGUCGAUUUGAGGUUUCGACUUUGUGAUAAGCGCGUGUUUUGCGUUUAUACACUGAAUUAAGUUUGGAAACGUCGGCGUGGCACGAAUUUGAAGGAGUUGCCAAAAGUUUUCAAAAACUGAAAAAUCCAGUCGGAUCGACAGCGGAGUAGAUAAUAUGAUCCUUCAAUGAGACCAGCUCCCUCUCCAAUAAGAGGAUGGAGUCUUACGUCUGUGGAGGAUGGUGGCGAUGGAAGUUCCGUAACGUCCUGCCAGUUGCCCUGCUGUGGAUGUCCCUGCAAAGACAAGCAGUGUUGAGCUGUAGUAACUCCAACUGCGUUGUGGUGCUCACGGACUCCCAGGGUACCUUUACCUCCCCCUGCUACCCCCAAGUGUACCCCAAAAGUCAGGCCUGCAAGUGGACUCUGCAGGCCCCAGCUGGAUUCAUUGUGCAAAUAACCUUCUUCGACUUUGAUCUCGAGGAGGCUCUGGGGUGCAUCUAUGACCGCGUCAUUGUCAACACCGGAAACCAAGACGUGAAAUUGUGUGGCUUGACAGCCAAUGGACUGACGCUAAACUCCACCAGGAAUGUGAUGGAGAUGUCAUUUAACUCCGACUUUAGUGUCCAAAAGAAAGGAUUCAAUGUCAGUUACAGACAAGUUGCCGUGGCGCUGAGGAACCAGAAGGUCAUGUUGCCGAACGGCAACGGCAAAGUGGUCAAGGUCUCCAAUACAGUGACCAUACCGACCCUUCAGCAGUUCACCGUGUGCUUUGAGGUAGCCCGCUCCAACCAAAAGAACAAGGAAACCCUCUUCUCUUACACCCGGCAAGAGGACAGCAGGGGUGAUGAAGCACUAAGUUUCGGAAUGAACCAGGAUGGAAUGGCACUGGUCAUGAGUAACGAGACAUGUCUGGUAGACUCUAUCCUCAAUCCCUCGGACUUCACCUCCACCAUGAAGCCGUUCUGUCUCACAUGGGCCUCCACCACAGGCAAGGUGACCCUUUACUACAACAGCAACUACCGGACCAAGACCUGCCCUAACACAAGUGGGCGCUUGGUGGGGGCCGGGGGCCUCUUCAGGCUAGGGGGCAAGAAUAGCUUCGAUGGGACCAUCUAUAACUUCCGCCUCUGGGAUAACGCCAUGAGCAUGACACAGUUGGCCGCCCUUACCUGUGACGCCGUCGGCAACGUCAUUGACUGGGACAACAGCUUCUGGGACAUCCCCUCUUCGCUGGCACAGACAGACAGAACACUGAGCUGCAUCUGUUUCCCACAUUGCAUACACUUAACAACAGCUGUUCCAUCUAGUGGUACCUCUGUACCCAUCUACACAUCACACACCACCAGCUGUUCCUCUCCUGGACUGAACUGCCCAGCAACAUUAACUCCUACCAGCUCAUCCAUUAUCACCACUAACAUGAUUUCUACUAAUUCAACAACCCACGUUCUCUCUGCUACCACUUCAUCUGCCACCACUACUAGCAUGCCUCUAACUACCAGCUCAACAACUGUUCAAACCACUACCCCGACCACUCCUGCAGCUACAACUAAUGUUCCAACAUUACCCAGCACAACCACUGUUACUCAAACCGUUAUCCCAUCUCCAGCAGCCGCUACUAACACAACUCUAUUCUACAGCACAACCAAUGCACCGACAGCUUCUGCUACUACUAUUGUUUCAAACCCAGCUACGACUAACUCACCUACCACUAACAACACAGUGCAUGAGGGUCUUUUCUACAGGAUCUUCUUUCUUGUCCGUGACAAGGAGGCCGACGUAAGAGAGUCUGAUGUUGAGAAAUCUGUUGCACAAUGGCUCAAUCAAACCUUCCAAAACUGGACACACAUGGUCUAUGUCGCUAAUGUCAGUGUCCAGCCUUGCAGUGACUUACAGCUAGAGAGUAAAAGAUACACCUGCCGGGCCCUGCUGGUCUACAAGACCACCACCAACGUGACCCUGGGAGAAGCUGCCAUCUCCACCAGGAUGGGCCGAAGCGGCACCAGCAUCAGCAACAGACUGGAGCUAGACACUGUCGCCGUGCAGUCUGUCGAGAACUGCACGGGGGAAACUCCCCUCCAUUACAUCUGGCCAGAGAGCAGACCAACGGUCACUCAGUACAUCCCCUGUUUCCCCAACAAAGACCAGACUGCAUCCAGAACAUGUGUGAUCAGCCCCCUGAAUUACACAGCGUUUUGGUGCGCCCCAGACCUCAGGAAUUGCAUUGCUAUCGAUAACAUCAAAGUGUCAGCAGAGAAUGCUGCCGAAGUCGCCCUCCAACUUGAUAAAAUCACCAACAACGAGCUCUCCGCAGACGAGGUGUUCAAGGUGGUGGGAAAGGUUAAGGAGCUGGUCAAAGUGGCCAAGAUCAACACCCAUCUGGCCAAAACCGUAGUUAGCAUCCUCUCUAACGUGAUGACCAGCUCCGUGUCAGCCCUGGUUACAUCCUCAGCGUGCACAUUGAAGACCGUGGAUGAGCUGGUUCAGAAGAUAGAGUUUGAUGGGCCUACAGAAAACAUAACCUCUAAAAAUCUGGCUCUGGGAAUUUCAGCCCUCAACUACAGCAAGUUCAAUGGGACCUCCUUCAGUGCCUUCAUACACCCCAACUCCACAGACCUCCAGAUUGCCUUUAAGUCGGAUCAGCUGAACCCCCUGGCUCAGGUCACACUGCCAGCUACACUGCUCAACAACCUGACCCUGACCAAUGCUGAGAUUGCUGCUGUCUCCAGGAUCAACUUCAUGUUCUUCCGCAAAACAGGACUAUUCCAGGAUAAACAGGACGAGCUAUCUCUUAACAGCUAUGUUGUGGCCAGCAGUGUGGGCAAUUACUCCAUCAGUAACCUGCAGGAUCCCGUGGAGAUUGAGAUAGCACACCUGAACUACCAGACAAAACCAAAGCCAACCUGCAUGUUCUGGGAUUUCACCAUGAAGAACGGUACAGGUGGCUGGAACAGUAAAGGCUGCAGGGUUAGUCCCAUGUCCAAUAGAAACAAGACUAUCUGCCUCUGUGAUCACCUCACACACUUUGGCAUCCUAAUGGAUAUCUCUGGAUCUGCUGCACAGAUUGAUGAGAAAAACACCAAGAUUCUCACUUUCAUCACCUACAUCGGAUGUGGCAUAUCAGCCAUCUUCUCUGCUGCAACACUUCUGACUUAUAUUGCCUUUGAGAAGUUACGUCGUGACUACCCCUCUAAGAUCCUGAUGAACCUGAGCACAUCGCUGCUGUUCCUCAACAUGGUGUUCCUGUUGGAUGGCUGGCUGGCUUCCUUCGAUGUGGAGGGCCUGUGUGUAGCCGUGGCCGUCUUCCUCCACUUCUUCCUGCUCACAUCCUUCACCUGGAUGGGCCUCGAGUCCAUCCACAUGUACAUCGCCCUGGUCAAAGUCUUCAACACCUACAUCCGGAGGUACAUCCUCAAGUUCUGCAUCGUCGGCUGGGGUCUGCCCGCUGCGAUAGUGGCCAUAGUGGUAGCUUUUGACAAAAACUCCUACGGGAAAAUGCAGUAUGGAAUGGGGGAGACUGGACAAGGCUCUUCUGAAUUCUGUUGGAUCCGGAGCCAGGUGGUGUUCUAUGUGACGUGUGUGGGCUACUUCUCUGUCCUCUUCCUCCUGAACGUGGCCAUGUUCAUUGUGGUUAUGAUCCAGAUCUGCGGUCGCAACGGGAAGCGUAGCAACCACACACUGCGUGAGGAGGUGCUGAGGAACCUGAGGAGCGUCAUCAGUCUCACCUUCCUCCUGGGCAUGACCUGGGGCUUCGCCUUCUUCGCCUGGGGACCCGUCAACCUGGCCUUCAUGUACCUCUUCUCCAUCUUCAACUCACUGCAGGGUUUAUUCAUCUUCAUAUUCCACUGUGCACUGAAGGAGAAUGUCCAGAAACAGUGGAGGAGAUACUUGUGUUUUGGCAGAUUCCGCCUGUCAGACAACUCAGACUGGAGCAAGACAGCCACUAACAACACCAAGAAGGCCUGCUCGGACACCGUGAGGAAGUCCCUGUCCUCCAGCUCUUUUGUCUCCAGUACAGCAAACUGGACUUCCAAGGCCAAAGCAACUCUAAACCCCUUUGCAAAGUGCAGCAGGAAUGCAGGUAAAGGGUACGCCAACCAGACCAAUGCUAAAACUGUCUCCUCGGAGGGUGAGGCCUCCUCCUCCAUCAUCCCCGUGCACCAGGUCAUUGACAAGGUCAAAGGUUACUGCUCGGUGCGCUCCGACAACUUCUACAAGAACAUUAUCAUGUCGGACAGCUUCAGCCACAGCACCAAGUUCUAGACCACCCAGCACUUCUUCUCUUCUUCCUCCUGCUGCUGCUAGCCCCUAACCCUUGGUGAUCUCCCCAGUCCGCAAUGUCACCCCAGGGUUAUAGCCUCCAGAGCAGCAGGACGGUAGCUAGUAGUAUGAAUAUGUGUAUACUGUAUAAUAUUUGACUCAAUCAGCUGGUCCAGUCAGUACUGAAAAGAGAAAUGGGGAAAUGUAUAGUUCUAUAGAAAAGAAACGGAGAAGCAGAGAAUGGAGUUUGCAAUGUACAUACUGUGAUGCUAAUCUUCAACUGGCUAUGUGUUGUGUAAAUAUUGAUGGUAUAUCUGAUAUGCCCCCGUAUAAUUGCUUCUCAGUUGGUGUUGCACAUGCCUAGGAUUCUCAGCAGGGUCACCAUUCCGGUACAGAAAUGUCAUCCAUUUUAGCUGUUCCGUUCUCAUUAUGCCGUCUGUAGAACUCCAGUAUGGGCAGCAAUGAAGGAAACACGUCAAAUCUGGACUAAAUGUUCAGGCAUAGGCCUAUAUUUCAAACCCAAAGACUAACAUGACGGAGUUUUUAAAAGCUGCAGCAUUGUCAAUGUGUGUUGAAAAUGGAUCAAGUUUAGGUGUAGUUCUAAUUUGUAGUUGUCUAUUUGUGAAUCUUGUGUGUGUGCUUUUUUUGCUGGAAAGCAAUGUUAUGCUCCUUUACAGUGUCUUACAUGAGGAUGUUUUGCAUAAAGUGCUUACUUUAUCACGGUCAACCAAUCAACAUCAUCAUCAACACUAUGAUGAAAUGAUUUGGCAUGUAUAUUUUUGAAACAUUAAGCUUCAGAUGCUCUACUACUGAAUAACAUAUGCAGAAAGGAAUGUAUAGAAUUGGUCCAUUAAUUUCUACUUCAUUUUGGUAACUUGAUCUGUGUGUCAAGUGUAAUUUCUCUGACUGUUCUAUGGAUAGAGGUUACCAAACCCCAGCCAUUAAACCUGGAUAUGGUAAGGUAGGCCUAGAUUCAAUCCGUAUCGCGGGAGUUCCGCACUAUAGCUCGAAUCAAAUUUCAAGGCAAAGUUUCGGCAUUCACAGAGACAGCGUUCAUUGUAAACACAGCAUAUGUUGGUGCAUUCGGAAAUUUCCUUUGUUUUACUUGCGCUAAAACGUUUUGUCUUCUGCAAUACGGAUUGGAUCCAGCUCAUAGUUUCAUAAACAUUCCACAUUGAAUCAUUUCACAAUAGAACAACUCACAGCACCACGUAUAAUACAGUACUGAUUGAAAAGGGACUACAAACACUGACAUUAUUUGUUCAUCCAAGUUAAUGCCAACAUUUGUAAGCAGCUAAAUGUUAAUUUUCUCUUCAUUGUUGCCUUACUUCACUUAGUCUUCUUUUCCCACCAAUAGGGGAACUGAAUAUAUUGCAUUGUGUUAAAUGUUGCUAUUGUUUUGUGUUUGUGAAGCGAUGGAACAAUCAUGUUAUUUUACUGUAUCGUUAUAUUUAUUUCUAUAGAGCCUUUUACAUUUGUUGUUCAUCGUGGAUAGAUAGAUUUGGAGAGAUGCAGCUUGGUGACAAAACAAAGCAUUGAUCUUGACCUGGGCAGGUGAACAGGGACAGUUCUAUUUUGGAAGCAGUCAGAGCUCUCAAUUGUUAUUUUCCAGCAUCAAGAAAAUAAUUGAAGCAUCGCUCACAAAUUCCCUCGGGCCAAAUUUGUUAUGAUAGAAACCUUUGCUUGGAAAGGUUAUCUCGUGUUGAACAUAUUUAGGGUCUUCAAUUCAAGAUUGUGUGGGGAGGGAUUACAAAGUGGUUUGAGCUAACACGAUGGAGUUCUCAGCUUUACUACGAAUUAGAUCAUGACUGCGCUGCCAUCUUUAUAGGUAUUUGCAUAAAAUAUUCCAAAUGAUCUUCUAGGUUAUAUCCUAUCUAGUUCUAUCAAUGCAGAGGGAAUCCAGGCAUGAUUUGUUUCUGAUUCAGUUGUACAUGUCUCUAUUAAUAUAAUCGGGACACAGAGCUGUAAAAUCACUAUGGCUGCAUCCACACCAACACUGUACCUUCGAUGUAUCACUCUGGCUGCAUCCACACCAACACUGUACCUUCGAUGUAUCACUAUGAUGAAUAUGGCUGAUCUGGUUCUAUUUUUUAAAAACAAUUCCAGACCCUGUUGUUUGUUUUUCCACAACUCCUGACAAGAAUAUGUUUUCAUGAAGCUGUCUCUAUGUCUCAACAGCAUUGACAAGUUGUGUCUCACCAAUAAAGGGAAUGAAAAGUA